GACAUGGUUCCCAACACCAUUGCGGGGAAGAUCUUCGGCUCCAUCUGCUCGCUCAGUGGCGUGCUGGUGAUCGCCCUGCCGGUGCCCGUCAUCGUGUCCAACUUCAGCCGAAUCUACCACCAGAACCAGCGAGCCGACAAGAUGAGAGCACAGCAGAAAGUGCGUUUGGCUCGGAUCCGCAUGGCGAAGAAAGGUACAGCCAACGCCUUCCUCCAGUACAAAGAGGAUCAAACACUCGGGGACCGGGACAGUGACAGCACGGCUCUGUGUGUGAAGAACAGAUCAGCGUUUGAGCAUCAACACAACCACCUGCUGCACUGUCUGGAGAAAACCACGAACCACGAGUUCACAAACGAGAUGACCUACAGCGAGCUGUGUAUGACGGAGUCGGUGGGCUUCAGGACCAGUCGCAGCACCUCCCUGUCCAGCCAGCAGGGGGCGCAGAACAACUCCACCGGCUGCUGCCCCCGUCGGGCCAGAAGGAGAGCUGCAAUGAGACUGGCUAACUCCACUGUGUCUGUCAGCAGGGGAAGCGUUCAGGAGCUGGACACCCUGCACAUCAAGACCACAUCCAUACCACCACAAACUCGUUCUAGUCUCAACGCCCAGACGACCGACCUGAAGCUGAACUGCGGUGAACAAGAUUUCACCGCUGCCAUCAUCAGCAUCCCGACGCCGCCCGCCAACACGCCUGACGAGAGCCUCCCCCCAUCGCCCGCCCCCAUCCCCGGCAUCCUGCGGAACACCAGGGCCACCGCCUACACCCACGACACGGUCAAAAUCUCCUCCUUAUAA